AUGGCUAUUCUUAACACUAUUUUAAUAAGCAUUGGUCUCUCAAUGGGACUUACUCUUCUCAGCUGUAUAUGUAGAAACCUUUUUUGUCGUGCGGAUUCACCACAAACUAACACAACAUCGACGGAUUUGCCAACAACGCAAUUUUAUGCGCUACCAAUCCAAGAACAGCAACAACCAAAUCAACCACAAAUGUUCCCUGUCUAUCAACAAGAAACUCAAGUCUACAAUCAACCAAUUCCUCAAGUCUACAAUCAACCAAUUCCUCAAGUUUACAAUCAACAACCAAUUCCUCAAAUUUACAAUCCACAAACAACAGUUAAAUAG